AUGAAGGCAGGUGGUAGUAAUGCUGAUGACAACAUUGGAAAUAGGCAUAUUCACAAAUCACAAAACCUGGCUAUUAUAUAUAAGAUGGCUGAUUCAGAGAGUUAUGACCACGAACAGUCACUUCUAGUACCACGGACAAGAAAUGGACAUCAACAAUACCAAAAUCACUCCAGCAGUAUAUCUCAACUUCAGGAUAGAUUUGAUGGAGCUAAUAAUAAUACUCUGCAAAUGGGAAUAAUACCAUCCUCUAAAAUUUUUAAUGACCACAAUACGUCUAAUAAUAGUAUAUGUAAUGCAUGCAAUUCUUCAAGUGGUUCUGGAACAGCUGUAUCUUAUUGUACUUGUAACAGUGGUACUGAUGGCUCUCUGUAUAUGUAUGAGUCGGGUCCAGCAAGUACCGACCAACAGUGUGUUUCUCUCCCACUUAUUCCUUUACAUUCUAAUAAUGUUAAACACUCUGGAUCCAAAAUAAAUGAUGAAAAUUGUAAUAAUGGUCAGUUAUUGUUUAAUCAAUCUCACACAAUGAGUGUAGGUAACAUUAUGCAAAGUAGUUCCUUGCUAGUAUCUGGUUAUAUGAAUGGUACACCGGCUCAAUCAAAUAGUAGAAAAAUUCUAGCUAGGGUUAGAGAGCUUUGGUUAAGUCAUAUUAUGGAUGGGUUGCCUAGAAAAAUAGCAGCUUUCAUACUACAAAGGCAUGGAAACCAAAUUCCCUAUGAUAGACAAUUCUGGUCAUAUGCAUAUAAAACAGGUCGCUUGCAUCCUGCAGAAGAGCAAGUACAAAGGCAGCUGAAUGAAGGUAUUCAGUGCCUUAAUCGCUUUAUUCAACAGCUACUUAAAGCAUGUACUAUUAUGAGACAGAAUAUGACUAGACAACAACAGAAUAUAGGGAAAACAUACAAUAUCCACCGUGUGAGUUCUAAAGGAUAUAGCAAAGAUGAUAUAUUCUCUCAUAUUGAAAAUAGUCACAAUAGCCAUAGAGAUAAUAAUCGUCUGAGUGAAAUAAAUAGGGAUGGAUGUUCUGAAACUGGUGAUGAAGUAGAAAACAAUCUGCAUGAGGAUGAUGAAGAUGGUCCAGUAGCAGAUAUUCCACUGGACUUGACAGAUGAAUAUUUAGCUAAAUGGCUUGAUGGGAAAAAUGCAGUAAUCAUUAGGAAACUUGUAAAUGGCGAUCGAGAUGUACAAGCUAUAGAUCUUCCUUCAUGUUUAAAUAGUGAAAAUUUAGAUAGAGCACUUAGAUUUGGAGGUUUAUUAGUUCGAAUACCACCUUACAACCAAAAAAGUUAUGAAUAUUUCAAUCUGCUUUCUCCAGGUAGAGGAGAUACAAGACAUACUCAGCUUGUAAUACCUGAUGGAGAAAGAGAUAUUGAUGUAAAGAAAAGUAGAACUUCACUUGCUCUUCCAGAUUUCCUUAUUGAAGAUAUCCCACUGCCAAAAGUUUGCGUUUUUCAAAUUGAAGCAAAACUCGAGCUAUUAUUAUUAUAUAGAGGAUGUUCUUCAAAAAGACCACAUACAAAGAGGCCACGAAAUUCAUUUAGCCACUUAUAUCAUCCCACUCCAAUUCCCCCUCACUUAUCUCAUCACAAUACCAAUGCAAUGGAUACUCAGCUUCAGGCUCCAAUUGCACAGUUUUUGCAACAGUCUCAGAAUGACACCUCUACUCCCAAAUCUCUUGUAUCAACUCCAUCUACAAUGUCAUCAAUACCCUCGCCAAAUUAUUGCAGUAAUUCGGCAAUACAGCCAGCUCAGAUAGCGAAUCCUAGGUGUAAUGUCUCAUUUUACUACAGUAGUCGUAGCGAAGCAGUUCGUCUAGAUACAGAUUCUCCACAGUCUGGAAGAAGGCGUCACAACAUUCAUAAUAGUAAUAAUGCUGGAAUCCUGUUAAAUACAUUAGUCCAUCCAAAUAUUAAUCAAUGUUCUGAAGAAAUUAUUCACCCCUUGCCGUCUACUUGCUAUGGACCUAUUGUAAAUACAAGAAACAAUGGUGGAACAUCUACAAAUUCUGAAAUAUCCAGUGGUAGAUGUUCUGAUCCUUAUCAUAUUCAGUCUUGGGGAAAAGGUGAUCCAGAGAUGGAAUUCUUAAAUAAUUUCACACAGCAAUCAUAUUCACAGUGCCAACCUACAGAAGUAGCAAAUAAAACAAAUCAAAACUUAAGUAAUACCCAACAUCCUUCUCUUUCUUGGACUGGAAAUGAAAGUUAA